AUGAAUGUUGUUGCGAGAUCGAAAACAGAAGUCUCCGAAGGUGGAGACCUUUGUGAUUGCUGCACCAGUAUCAAUCUACAAGACCUGAAGAGCAGCCCGGGCUAUGAGCAUCAGCCAACUUGGGGGUUGCUCCUUCUUAGCUCGCACCAUUGCGCUCUAUGCAACCUCUUCGUAGAGUCGAUACAGCGCAGUCUGGAUCGCCCUAACGCCUUCCAGCACAGCCUCCUUGAAGACAGUGGUCCAGUGCGCUUGGUCGCCGCUGGCAGGACCAUUCCUCAGGAAAGCGACGGUCGACGAUUUCGUGAAGGACCUAUCGACGAGAUCCUUCUAUGGAAAGAAGCAGCCCUGGUAGUUGGCGGAAACGUGGACAAGCAUUGCUGCUUCUAUCCCUUGAAUGCACAAGUGGUCAUGGUCGCUGCUCAUGGCUCAGCCGCCGAGAAGGCUGGUAUACAGGGUGUUCAACUCAAUGAUCGCUAUGCGCUCACAGACCAGAAUAUUCGCAGGCUUUCCACGUUGUUAAACGAUUGCAAACAAUGCCACUCUCGGGCCAACCCACAAUGCUCCCUGAGGCAGGUUGAGACGAUAGCAAAGGCACACUUCGCGGUGUACCAGAACUCCGGAUUACCCAGUCGAUUGAUCGACGUUGAAAUGAAGGACCGAUCGAAAGUCAGAUUGGUCGACGUCAAAACUCGAGAACAGUAUCUCGCUCUGAGUUAUCGCUGGGGCGAGUCUCAACGACUAGUCACGCACAGGGACAAACUUGAGACAAUGCGGCGCGGGUUUGAGAUUGAUCUGCUCUCGAAGACUAUCCAAGACGCAAUAUUACUCUGCCGUGAGCUCAAAAUACGAUACCUCUGGGUGGAUGCAUUGUGUAUUAUUCAGAAAGGAGACAAUGGCGCUGACUGGUCCUUAGAGUUCCAGAAGAUGAGCCUCAUCUAUGCCCAGGCAUUUGUCACCGUUGCAGUGGCAUCCUCAGAUGAUUCGAAUAAAUCAUUCCUCUUCGCACCGAGAGUCCCUUUCGUAGAGGCUCCAUUUCGAAAGACAAGCAUGGCGCAGUCGGAUGGAGCACUCAUGUUCGCAAAAAAGUACCAUUUCUUCGAAGAGGAAUUUGAGGUUGCUACAUACGAGAACCCACUUGCAAAAAGAGGCUGGGUAAUGCAAGAGAGACUGUUUUCUCGACGCACUAUACAUUUUACAGGGCGACAGGUUUACUGGGAAUGUGCAUCUCUCUUCUGUGCUGAAGACGGUAGCGCUAGAACCCCGCUAGGCGCCCAUUCGAUCAAGAUGGCAGCCACAUUCUACAGAUGUCUAUUCACAUUGGCCAAUCAUACCAAUGACAUCGGAAAGAAGUUCGCUACUCGGAUGCUUCUGAAGGCGUGGUCUGAGCUCCUCACAGAGUACUCUGAGUUAGAGCUCACAUUCGAGAAAGAUCGGCUCCCUGGAAUUAGGGGCGCCGCAAGGAUGGCUUCUUUGUACCUCCCAGGACGAUAUCUGUCUGGGCUGUGGGAACAUACUCUCUCAAGCGAUCUCCUGUGGGUACCGAAGAAACGUCCAAUGGCCCUGUGCCAGCGUAGAUGGGCACCUACAUGGUCGUGGGCCAAUAACAGGGACGCUAUCUUGAGUCGUGGUGGCGACAUCUUAGGCGAAUCAGAGUCCUGCAUCGUCCUGGACAAAGUUCUGAAUUUUGAGACACCAUCAGAGACUCUGGUCUUGUCAGGGCAGAUACAAUGCUGCGAGGUAUCCUUAACACCGGAGGCGAAGCCUACGGCCCGGUGUUGGAAGGACCCUCCUGCAGAAGACGAUGAUUACAUGUUUUGGCCGCAAGGCUUCGAUAAGUUGAAGAAUGAGAUUGACAAUGAUGGUGGUAAUAUUUGCCACUUUGAUGUGGAGAGAGGAGCUCAGACGGAGUUCCUGUUUCUCGCGGUUGAGUGUUCAAAAAGGUUCAGAAAGUGGCAUUGUAGGGGUUUGCUUCUCAAUCGUGAGAAUGGCCGUCAGCUGGGCCCGGUAUCAUAUAGUCGCGUCGGUAUUGGAUGGGCUUCUCACCGUGCUUGGCAUGAUGGACCGACCUCCACCAUAUCGCUGAGAUAG